GCUGACGUUUGAUAAAUUUCCUUUUUGCAUCUUUAUGUUUGCGUGAUGAAAACCGCGUGAAGCUUCGGACGGAGCGCGAGACGUGCAGGAAGAGCACCAGCGUCAGAGUCGGCUGGAGGAGGAGCCUCAGUGACAGGACGUGAAGUGGGCGGGGCUCUACUCUGACGACAUGAUGCUGCUGACUACCUGCUCUUCUCACAGCUUCUGGAUCCAGUAUCUCUCCUUCCUGCUUGUUAUUGGUCCAGCAGCUCCCGGGGGCGACCAAACCGAGCCGUGUGGCGGACGGGACUGCUCCACCUGCCACUGUUUCCCGGCAAAGGGAGCGCGGGGUGUUCCAGGUCCUUUGGGCCCUCAGGGCCCUGUGGGGCCUCCAGGCUUCCCCGGUCUUCAGGGACCUCCAGGACCAAAAGGCCAGAGAGGAGACGAGGGGCCCGCCGGAGCUCUUGGACCAAAAGGAGAUCAAGGACCUAAUGGGGUUCCCGGUUUCCCAGGUUUAGAAGGAGUUCCGGGUCACCCAGGAGCUGGUGGAGGUCCUGGUGUUCCAGGUUUGGAUGGUUGUAAUGGAACCAGAGGGGACCGGGGGUAUCCGGGACCCUUAGGAGAACAAGGAUUUGAUGGAGAACUGGGUUUCCCAGGACCGAAAGGGUACCCAGGAGAUCCAGUGAUUCAUGUCAUCCAGUAUCAUGGAGUUCCUGGGGACGUUGGACCCAGUGGACUGCCCGGUCUGCCGGGUGAGAAGGGUCUGCCAGGACCGAUGGGAGCUGCUGGUCCUGCGGGACCAAAUGGGAUAAAUGGUCCCCCUGGCCCGUCUGGUGCGAGGGGUCCGCCUGGAGAAAAUGGUCUUUUACUGCCAGGACAAAAAGGAGAUGAGGGAGACCAGGGCCCCCAGGGGCCUCCAGGGCCCUAUGAAUAUGUGGAACCUCCAGAUGACCUUUACAUCAAAGGAGAACAGGGUUCUCCAGGAAAAACAGGAGAAUGUGGAGGACAGGGACUACCGGGUCUUGACUCACUCCCUGGGAUCAAAGGAGAGAAAGGGAUUGUGGGAUUUCCAGGAUUCAGAGGUAACUCGGGUCAGCCAGGUCUGCCUGGACAGAGAGGUGUCAAGGGAAUACCAGGAAGUUGGGGCCUCCCAGGUCUGAUUGGGCGAGAGGGUCUGAAGGGCACGAUGGGAGAUCUGGGCCUUAAAGGCCUCCCUCGGAUUGUUGACAUCACUCACACAGGGGAGACUGGGGAGCCCGGGGCCCCUGGACAGAGGGGUCAGUCAGGGGACAUGGGGCUAAUGGGUAUGCAUGGCCCUCCCGGUCCCCGCGGGAUAUCAAUACCAGGACCAGCAGGUUUUGAUGGUCAGAAAGGGGUUUCAGGAGCCAAAGGGGUCAAAGGAGAACCAGGGCAGAUCGCAGAAGGACCUGGACUACCUGGAAAACCUGGAAAACCAGGUAGUCCAGGUCUCAGAGGGCCAAAGGGAGAGAUGGGUAUCCCAGGAACGUACUGCCUUCCUGGACUCCCAGGAUAUUCUGGUGAACCAGGUGAACAGGGGUCCCCAGGGGCCUCGGGUUUCCAAGGGGAUAAAGGGAAUCUUGGUAGCUGUUCUUGUGGUCUGGUCGUUCUGAUGGGCCCACCUGGUCCUUGGGGGGAGACUGGGGCUAAAGGUGUUCCAGGUGUCACAGGAGCCCCAGGUCUGAGAGGAGACAAAGGUUUACCUGGAGACAUGGGAGCAAGGGGUAAGCAGGGUCCAGUUGGAUCUAAGGGCGCUCGCGGGUGUAAAGGUCAGAAGGGAGAUUUUAUUGUGGAGGAAAUUAAAGGUGAGAAGGGAAACAUGGGCCCUGUGGGCCCAGCUGGUGUUCGAGGAUUCUCCGGGAGAAAUGGACUUAGUGGGAAUCCAGGAGCCCCAGGGAACCCGGGCCUUCAGGGUGAAAGCCUGAUUGGUGUUCCGGGAGACCAAGGCGUCCAGGGAUUUCCAGGACAGAAAGGACUUUUGGGCCCACCAGGUCCUCCAGGAGCGGCUGUGCCAGGUGCUGUGGGACAGCGUGGACAUCCUGGUCUCACUGGACCUGCUGGGUUUCCUGGUGUUCAGGGGCCGAAGGGGCAGAAAGGUGACACUCUUUCCUGCGUGCGGCCAAACCCCGGUGCUCGAGGACAAACGGGAGAUCCUGGAGUACCAGGUUUCCCAGGUCCUCCAGGUCCCAAAGGUUAUCCAGGCAUCAGAGGACCAGAUGGACUUAAAGGAGACGUGGGUCAGAAAGGAUUCCCAGGACCGCCUGGACCACAAGGACCUCGAGGUUUUGUUGGGGAUACUGGAGACGAAGGGACUGAAGGUGUCAGUUUUGAUGGAAGUCCAGGAUCUUUGGGGCUCCCUGGUCUUCCUGGACUCCCUGGACUACGAGGGGAUAAUGAUUACGGACCCUCUGGAUCUACUGGCUUUCCAGGACCACUGGGGUUUCCAGGACCUAAAGGAGUCCCCGGCCCCCCUGGCCAACAAGGAGCACCAGGAGCCCUGGGCCUGCCUGGAGACUCAGGUGUGAAGGGUCAGAAAGGAGAGGAGGGUGACCCGGGCACAGUUGGACCCACUGGACCCAAACCCGAGCGAUGUGAGGCAGGACAACCCGGUGAAAUGGGCCUCUGUGGCCCUCAGGGACUCUCUGGCCCUCCAGGUUUUAUGGGCCAGAAAGGUGAGAUCGGUGACAGGGGUCCACCUGGUUUUGGCUCUAAAGGCCAAACCGGUGAACUGGGAAAUCCUGGUUUCCCAGGAAUCCAGGGGUUUCAGGGGCCCCCUGGCCCUGUUGGGGACCCUGGCUUGAUGGGGGUUGUUGGUCAGAAAGGUCUAAUUGGACCCCAGGGCCAGAAAGGAGAGCCAGGAACCUUGGGAAGUACAGGGUGCCCUGGAGUCCCAGGCAGGGAUGGAGAAAGGGGCCCCAGUGGGCAAGAUGGGGCUCAAGGAUGUGAAGGAUCAAAGGGAGAAAAAGGUUCUAAAGGAGACCUGGGACCUCCAGGAGACACCAAGAUAAUCGAUAUAAAAGGCAUGGCAGGACAACGAGGACCAGCUGGCAUCAAUGGUGUCCAAGGACCUCAAGGAAAUAAAGGUGAAGAAGGUUUGUUGGGGAAACCUGGGGAUCCUGGCUUCAUGGGACCAUGGGGCGUGAGGGGACAUCAAGGCCCCCAAGGACCACUGGGCAAACCAGGACCCCAAGGACAGCCUGGAUAUAAAGGACAUCAAGGAUACCGUGGCUUCCCUGGACUGACUGGAGAUCAAGGAGACCCGGGAUGUCCUGGAACACCUGCUAAACCUGGUCAGCCUGGGUGUCCUGGACCAAGAGGUGACAGUGGAGACUCUGUUGGUUGUACUGGUCCACCUGGAGACAAGGGCCUCCCUGGAGAUGGAGGAUUCAAAGGUCUUCCUGGAGCCCAAGGAGAUCCUGGACCAAAAGGCUUUAUUGGUGCUCCAGGACAGAAAGGAUGCAAGGGACAUAAAGGCUUCAUUGGUUGCCUUGGUGAACCAGGUGUGAUCGGUCCUCCAGGACCCAGAGGCCGGCCGGGUUGUCCAGGUCUUCCUGGGGAAGCAGGUGCCACUGGUCCCCCUGGAUUGCAGGGUUUCCCAGGUCCUAAAGGUCUUCCUGGACCUACAGGACUUCAUGGAUUGGACGGACUAAAAGGAGUGAAAGGUGACAUGGGAACCAGAGGUCUUGGUACAAAGGGUCCUCCAGGUUUCCCGGGACCUCCAGGACAAAAGGGUCCUGAUGGGGUUGAAGGUCCUUAUGGCACGUCCCAGCCAGGACCAGUAGGACCCAAAGGCCCACCAGGACCCAAAGGACCUCAAGGUUGUAAUGGACCUCCAGGUCCACCUGGGCAUGAUUGUAGAAAGCGGAAUCCAGGGUCUUUUGGAGAGCCGGGUGGUAAGGGUCCAGAUGGAGACCCAGGACACAGUGGAAAAAGAGGAGAGCCGGGUCCAAAUCCCCCAGUUUGUGGAGAUGAAGGGGAUGAUGGUAAUCCUGGGUGCCAGGGGCCAAAAGGACAGAUAGGAUUUCACGGGCCACCAGGAACUCCAGGCCUCCCUGGAAACCAAGGACCUAAAGGUCUGAGAGGAGAACACGGUGACCUCGGAGUUCCUGGUAAUCCGGGUCCAAAGGGGGAUCUAGGUUACUCUGGGCCUAAAGGACCAAAGGGAUCAGUUGGACCAGAAGGUCUAAAGGGGGAGAAAGGACAAAUGGUCCCAUGUCCUCCAUAUUCUUCACCAGAACCGGGCCCCAGAGGCCCACGUGGCCCUCCUGGUGCACCCGGAGAUAAGGGCCUGAGUGGAGAAUCUGGUAGAACUGGGCCAAAAGGUCUGAAGGGCGAUCCGGGUGAAGCUGGACCGACAGGUUGUGUUGGGCCAGAAGGUAAAAGUGGAGAUGAAGGAGAUCCGGGUCUACCAGGUGUGAAAGGAAUGCUGGGAAACAAAGGUGCACCUGGUGACGUGGGCGAUCCAGGUCCUUGUGGACCAUCUGAGAAGCUGAAACUUGGUCAUCUGUUAGUGAAACACAGCCAGUCUAAUGUGGUUCCGCAAUGUCCAGAAAACAUGACGCCUUUGUGGAGAGGGUACAGUCUGCUCUACCUGGAAGGUCAGGAGAGGGCACACCCUCAGGACCUUGGUCAGGCCGGUUCUUGUGUGCCUAUGUUCUACACCAUGCCAUUCUCUGUCUGCGGUGUGAGUGGCUGCCACUACGCGUCUCGAAACGAUAAGACCUACUGGCUCUCCACGAUGGAAAAGGCUCCCAACAGACCUUUUGAUGGAAACAUCAUCAGAAACCACAUCAGCCGCUGUGUGGUGUGUGAAGCACCUGCCUCAGCGGUGGCCCUGCAUGACCCCAACUCCAAACGGCCUCCAGAGUGCCCCGAGAACUGGACCAGCAUCUGGCAGGGGUACUCCUUUUUGAUGUAUACAGGUGGAGGGGAUGAAGGCGGAGGCCACUCUCUGACAUCACCAGGUAGCUGCCUAUCCCAGUUCAGAGCUCAGCCCUUUGUGGAGUGUCAAGGUGCUCGAGGAACCUGCCACUUCUUUGCCAACGUCUACAGCUUCUGGUUGACCACCCUCAGCAACUCCUCCAGCACUCUGAGCGACGUCCAGGACCAGAGCAACCAUGUCGCAAGGUGCAGUGUCUGCAUCAGGCUGUGACAGUGCCGAUACACCCUCUACAUGGAGCUCCUACCCCUAUAUGGAGCUCCACCCCCUACAUGGAGCUCCUCCCCUAUAUGGAGCUCCACCCCCUACAUGGAGCUCCUCCCCUAUAUGGAGCUCCACCCCCUACAUGGAGCUCCACCCCUAUAUGGAGCUCCACCCCCUACACGGAGUUCCUCCCUCUAGAUCAGAGGCUCCCAAACUUAUUUAGCCGCACACCCCCUUCUAUGUCCCGACCAUGUCGAAGCACCUCUCAGCCCCCACACCAGGGCGUGGCUAUGGGGCUAUAUAUACAGUCAGGUCCAUAAAUAUUGGGACAUCGACACAAUGCUAACAUUUUUGGCUCUAUACACCACCACAAUGGAUAUCAAAUGAAACGAACAAGAUGUGCUUUAACUGCAGACUGUCAGCUUUUAUUUGGGGGUCUUUACAUCCAAAUCAGGUGAACGGUGUAGGAACUACAACAGUUUGCAUUUGUGCCUCCUACGUGUUAAGGGACCAAAAGUAAUGGGACAGAAUAAGAACCAUCAAUCAAACUUAUACAUUUCAAUACUUGGUUGCAAAUCCUUUGCAGUGAAUUUAACAGGAUUAAAAAAAAUAUGACGGACCUUUUUCCCCGACACUUUCAUUUUUGAAAUAGUAAUUAAUAAACAUUCAAUAGCAUUACAAUUUCCUUUGAUUACAUUUUUAAUUAAUAUGUAGAGUGCCCGGGUAACACAUAAACAAUACAGUUAAAGGGUUUAUCUUAAAGUAGGAGCAUUUAACCUGUAGCCAGAACCCCUCUCUCUCCUUGCUUCUGCUCUGAUGUAAACCUGAACUGGCCACCUGCUUGAGCGUAAUCAGAGAUCUCUAAUGGGGCAUGCUGCAGAGCCUGGAGUCAUGAUGAAGUUCUGGAUUUAGCCUCAGACAGGCUCAUGGCUGUUUGAAUGUUCUGGCUGAAGCUGCGCUCCACUGCCACAUGGACUAACAAGCGAUCCUGGGGGUGAGGUUCAUAACUGGGGAGAUCGCUCUGUUUUCAUGAUCUCUAAAUAGAAGCUUCUAUUUCCAUCCAUCCAUCCAUUUUCAUCCAAUUAUCCGGAGUCGGGUUGCGGGGGCAGCAGCCUAAGUCGAGAGGCCCAGACUUCCCUCUUCCCAGCUACUUGGGCCAGCUCCUCCGGGGGAAUCCCAAGGCGUUCCCUGGCCAGGUGAGAGACAUAGUCCCUCCACCGUGUCCUGGGUCUACCUUUAGGUCUCCUUCCGGUUGGACGUGCCCGGAAAACCUCACCAGGGAGGCAUCCAGGAGGCAUCCUGACCAGAUGCCUGAGCCACCUCAACUGGCUCUUCUCGAUGUGGAGGAGC